AUGGAUAAUAUGAUGAACAAUUUUUAUGCUCAACAAACUACUCGACAAGAAGCACAAAGCACUCUACAAACAUCACCUUCAACUUUACGAAGCUCUACAUCAUCUUCUUUCGCCACUCCUAGGACCGCGAGAUACAAUAAUGAUGAUUACAAUCAAGUUCUUGAAUUUAAAAUUCAAUUAAAACAUAUAAGAAAACCGGCAAUCUGGCGUCGUAUUCAAGUACCAUAUGAUUACACCUUUUUUCAAUUUCAUUUAGCAAUUCAAUGUUGCAUGGGAUGGCUUAAUUGUCAUACGCACGUGUUUCGUGCGCAAGAAGGUUUCGAAUAUGGUAACCCUCACAUUGAGAUAAAUUUUCCCGGAAUACCAAAAGUGCGAGAAGAAAAAUCAAACCUAAUCAAAGAUUACUUUCAUAGUAAAGGACAAAUAAUGGAAUAUGAAUAUGAUUCGGGAGAUUCAUGGGAACAUGUUAUUACAUAUGAAGGUGUAUUUGAUCGUAAACAAAGUACUCAAUAUCCAAAAUGUUUGAGAGGUAGAGGUAAAUGCCCUCCUGAAGAUAUUGGUAGUUAUGAAGGUUUUGAAAGGUUUAAAGAAAUCAUAAAAGAUAAAAAUCAUCCCGAAUAUGAAGAAUUUAGUAAUUGGUAUGGUGAAAGCGAUGAUUAUGAUCCUAAUGAAUUUGAUAAAGAUUCUGCUUUUAAUGGUUUAGAACUUAUGCAUGAUUUUAGGGAUGGUCCGUGUAAAAACCAGCGAGUACCAUCCAGGGAUAGAUCCUGGUCAUUAGCCACAACUACUAAAAAGAGGGUUAAGGUUAGUCAUAACGUUAGGUGGCAAUUUAUCAAACCUCUCUGUGGUUCGUUUUUACUGGAAACAGAUAUUUUCACCUAUAUAGAACUUUACAAUUUUGAUAAUAAUUCAAGAUGUACGAUCGAUGACCAAAUCGAAUAUGUUAAAAAACUUAUCAUUAAUGAAAUGAUAAAUGUGAGGAUAGUCAUGACUGUUAAUACAUAG